CCCUCUCUCCUCUGUCCUUUUGGUUUUUUACUAAUAAGUUGUAUUAGGCAGGGAGGUAAAGCCCCCCUGACAGCGCAGCAUCUUGUUUGUUUUAUCUCCCACAUCAUCCCUCUCAUCAUCUUCUGCACACCUCUCCAUCUUUCUAUCUCUCUCCUGCAGCAGUACUCAACAUUUCUCAACUUUCAUCUUCUCUCUCCUUCACCCUACAUACCCCCAUCGUCUUCCUUACCCUCAUCACAGAUAUCAUAUUCUCCUCAUCUUUCUCUCUCCCAUCCUCCCUAUUAUUUAUUGGAGGCUACUUAUUGAUGGUAUCUUAAUUAUUUUUCCUCUCAUCUUCCUCCUCUUGAAGGAGUACAUUUUAUUUUUGCCAGCGUUCCUGUAGUACUAUUAGUGCUUCCUCCCCCUUCUUCUUCUCUGGCUACUUCCUUCUUCUGCAUCUCUUUCCCUUCCCCCCCCCCCCCCCCCCCCCCCCUCUCUGGCCUCCUUCCCUUCUCCAUACUCUUAUCCCUCUGAGGUCCGUCUCUCCUCUUCCCAGUUGUCCUUGCCUCCCACCUUUUUCACCUACCCCUCAUGUACUGAUCGUCUCACGACCUCCAUUCCCCCGUGGUAACACCGGGCGACGUGCACAAGUGCGCGUGUGCGGGAGCAGGUGCUGUUAGCAUGCAACAGCAGCAGCACGGGGGAGGAGGCGGCGGGGCAAGCGGUGGAGGCCCAGCGCAGCAGUUCGGCGCACAGCAGGUGGAGAUGCCGCCGCCAUUCUCGCCGGCCGGCGGCGCCGGGCAGCGGAUCUCGCUGGCGGAGGCGCCGUCGCCCAUCAGCAGCCGGCCGCCGGCAUCGACGCCGGCGAAGCAGUACGACGAGCUCGGCGCGUCCGGCGCCGGCGCCGUGGGCUUCGACGCCGAGGGCCUGGCCGCCGCAGCAGCUGGCGAGGAGGGCGCCAGCGGCGGCUCGGCGGGCAACCGGUGGCCGCGGCAGGAGACGCUGGAGCUGCUCAAGAUCCGGUCCGACAUGGACGCCGCCUUCCGGGACGCCACCCUCAAGGGUCCCCUCUGGGAGCAGGUCUCCAGGAAGCUGGCUGAGAAGGGGUACAACCGCAGCGCCAAGAAGUGUAAGGAGAAGUUCGAGAACGUGCACAAGUACUACAAGCGCACCAAGGAGAGCCGAGCCGGCCGGAACGACGGCAAGACGUAUCGAUUCUUCACGCAGCUGGAGGCCCUGCACGGCACCGGGGCGGCUCCCGCGUCGGUGGCGGCGUCGCAGGUGCCCCCUGCGAUCUCUGGCGGGGUGUCCGGGGCAGCGGGGCCGUUAGCCGUGCGCUUGCCUGCCGAGCCACCGCCUGCGGUGUCGGGCGGCGUGGGGAUGCCGAUGACGACCGUGGGCUACCCGAGCUUCUCGACGUCCAACACGGAGGACUACACGGACGAGGACGACUCCGACGACGAGGGCACAGAGGAGCUGGUGGGUGGCGGCGGGGACGAGCGCGGGAAGAGGAAGAGGGUGUCAGAGGGCGGCGCCUCGGUCGCCGGCGGAGGCAGCGGGAAGAUGAUGAGGUUCUUCGAAGGCCUGAUGAAGCAGGUGAUGGAGCGGCAGGAGGCGAUGCAACAGAGGUUCUUGGAGGCCAUCGAGAAGCGUGAGCAGGACCGCAUGAUCCGCGAGGAGGCGUGGCGGCGGCAGGAGAUGACCCGCCUCGCGCGCGAGCAGGAGAUCCUGGCGCAGGAGCGCGCCAUGGCCGCCUCACGCGACGCUGCCGUCCUCUCCUUCAUACAGAAGAUCACCGGACAGACCAUCCCGAUGCCGUCCAUCGCCGCGCCCACCAUAAACGCCAUGCCACCGCCGCCGCAUCCGAAGCCGCCGCCGCCUCAGCCGCACCCCACACCCAUUGCCUCCGCCUCGCCAGCCCCGCCGCCACCGCAACCACCAGCCUCGCAGACUCCGCCCCCGCUGCAACAGCAGCAGCCCUCGCCGCCACAGCAGAAGCCGCCAAUGCCGCAACAGCAAAGCAUGGACAUUGUCAUGGUGCCGGCCGAGACGACGCCGCACGCCGACAUCCCGGUGCACGAGGGGUCCAGUGGCGGCGCGGCGUCCUCCCGGUGGCCCAAGGCGGAGGUUCACGCGCUGAUACAGCUGCGGAGCAACCUUGACACCCGGUACCAGGAGGUUGGGCCCAAGGGGCCCCUCUGGGAGGAGAUCUCCGCCGGCAUGAGGCGGAUGGGUUACAACCGGAACGCGAAGCGGUGCAAGGAAAAGUGGGAGAACAUCAACAAGUACUUCAAGAAGGUGAAGGAGAGCAACAAGAAGCGCCCCGAGGACUCCAAAACGUGCCCCUACUUCCACCAGCUCGACGCGCUCUACCGCAACAAGGCAGCGCUGAGCUCCUCCUCCGGCGUCGGAGCCCCGGUGCACGCCAACGCAUUGCCGGCACCGCAGGAGACGGUCACGGUCGUCACGGCCGCGGCGCCCAUCUCACAGACGCCGCCGCCGACACAGCCUUCUCAGUCCCACCACUACGCUGCCAAGAACGGAGGCACCGGGAACGGGAACGGCGGCGGCGCAUCAGAGCACGGCUCCAGAGGCAUGCAAACGCAGGCGAGCAACGGCAGCGUUGGAGCCAGCAGGUUCGUCGGCGAAGGCGGCGGCGCGGCCUCGGCGGCGAAGAAGAGGACAUUAUGAAGGAGAUGAUGGAGCAGAGGCAGGCGCCGCAGCAGCAGCAGCAGACGCAGGCGGUGGUCAGUGGCUACAACAGAAUCGACGGCGCGGACAGCGACAACAUGGACGACGACGAGGAGGACUAUGACGAGGACGACGACGACGAAGAUGUCGACGGCAACAAAAUGCAGUACGAGAUCCAGUUCCAGCGCCAGCAACCGCACCAUCACCAGCAGCAUCCGAAUGCCGUCAGGCCGAACGCCGGCGCCGGCGGUGGAAACCCGCCCGGCACCGCCGCCGCUCCCAGCACGGCUGCGGCCCCGACAACAACAGCCGGAUCGUCUUUCCUGGGCAUGGUCCAGUGAUCGAUCCGUCCGCGCGCACCCAGGCAUUAUCCCCCGGUGACUCUCAUCCUCCUCCACUUCUCCAUGGCUUCUUUUCUUUCUCUCGCUCGCAUGUGACAUUUGUGUCUACCCACCUGUCGCCUCCAUGCAUGCUCGUCCAAAUCUCUAGUUCUCUACACCUCUAAACCAAAAAUCACAAGAACUAUCUCUCUCAGCAUCUCCAUGCUCCGGCAAUUCUCCAUUCCUCAUAUAUGCACCUAGCAACACCUCGAUCCAUGUCGUGUCGUCGUCGCUGCUGCAUGCCCCCCCCCCCCCUUUUUUUGAUUCGUUGCUGUGUUAAUUAUAGUGGUCGCCUCUUUAGAUGUUACAGUAAAAAAAUAUUGGCGGUGAUGCGGUUAUUUAUUGAUUUGUUCUGGUAAUUAAUAAGAACCCUCAAGCUUUGGGGUGUUCACGGAGAGGUUGAGUUGAUGCGGUGAAAACAGCACGUGAAAGGGUAAUGAGAGAUCGAUCGCGCGGUUAAGGAGACAAGGUGACAAGAAAGGCAGAUGACGCAGUGGGUGUUUGCACUGUUACUGCGGUAAAUUUUGUGCAUGCGGCUACUACUCUACAGUGGGCUAGUUUGUUGCAAGGGAGCUGCGGAAAAAAAUGGAAAAGAAGAGCUUGCUCGUCAUGUGCCAUGCAGAACAGUCAGUUUGAUGCAUGCGGGAUUUUUUUUAUAUUUAUCCUUGUUUUCCCCUCUUUUUCAUUUUUCACCAUUUCUUUUAUGUUCUGCAACAAGUAAACUGUCCAUUAAGUAUUACCUAAGUUUUUUCUUUCUUUCUUUCUUUCUCAAACUGCUGUUACCGAAAUUUACAGUGUAUACUUGAGAAAUGUUAUAUGUUAAAAUUCUUGCUGUUAAUUAUAUAUAGUAUUGCAAUUGCUUUCAA